CAGCCGCCUAGGAGCCCAGGAGGGAGGGCUUCGGAAUGGACGAGGUCUCCGUGCCAGUCGAGCGCCGGGCCUCAAAAGGAAAAAGGGCAUGCCCACCACGCCUCGCGGCUUUUGGGAUGCAUAUACCCGAUGCCGCUAUCUUCCUCGCCUCGCUUUUUUGCGGCUGCCCUCUCUGCUCCUUCCCCAAACUGUUGAUGCCGCCGAGCUAGGACUUCAGACGGGUCUUGGCGUUUCUGUUUGCGCCCAGUUUGGAAGGAAGUCGUGCUUUCCUUCUCUCACCCGCCGCCGCUCGGAAAAGAAUUGGGAUUUGCUGCUCUGCAGAGGCGGAACCACAGCAAACGGAUUUCUACGUCCUGGCGCCUGAGCUGGACGCGAGUUCGGAUCUACCUCAUAUCCCUAUCGAGGCACGCACCACGACGACUACGACCACGACGACCACGCUCGACCGACCUACUUAGGCCAUUGCUCUCUCGCCAGAUCGACUGAGUUCUGCGCAGCCACCACUAUAUUCAAGCCCACUAUCCUCUUGGCUUUUCUAUUUCCUAAUAUUUGUCGUCAAUCCUUGGGUCCUCCGGCUUGCUGGCACUUACCCUCCCACUCCUUUUGUCGGCCUACUUUGCUCCCAUUAUAUCAACUGGAUUAUCUAAUUACAUCCGCACUUUUUUUUCCUGUCCUCCCACACACCUCUUCGUCCACUUCGUUGUCCAACUGUCGCCAAGAUUCGUCCGACUUCGAUCUGCGACCAAACCUCAUCAAAACGUCACUUCGUCGUUGUGGCCGCGUACCACCAGAAGGAGAAUUCGACAGGCUCUGAAACCUGGACUCUGCCUGCCCUCGCCGCCUACUCUUGACGCUUCUGCCACUUGUCUUUUGAGCAGACCUCGGUACUGCCGUUUUCCACCACCGCAGCCGUCGACUCUGUCCACGUGCCUCGCCUCCAGCCUGACCUACCACCUUCUAUGCGCAGGUAAAGAGGACAGUCAAGAACCCUCUUUCCCUCCUUUCUUCACCCCCGCACAUCCCAACCGCCACAAUGAGGUUGUUACGGAGCCUAGUUGUGCUGCUCCCUCUAUUCAGCGCCGCGGCAGCGCUCCCUAGGCCAGAGGAAGAGAAGAAGGCCCAGCCACCGGCAGCAGCCCAGCCACCAAAACAGGAGCCGAAGGAGGAGGAACCCCCAGACACCAAGUACUUCCACGAGCCCGGCGGCGAUGAGAUUCUGGGCCAUUACGACAUCCGGUACUUCAAGGAGAAGGUGUCAUACGAGGAGCACCGGUCCGUGUUGCGGCAUCUGAUCCGGAGCUACCUGACCAUCACGCGCGACCUCGGCAUCGAGACGUGGUUGGCGCACGGAACGCUGCUGGGUUGGUGGUGGAACGGGCGCAUCAUGCCCUGGGACUACGACCUGGACGUCCAGGUCUCGAGCGCCACGCUCUACUACCUAGGCAAGCACCACAACCGAACCACCCACGAGUACUCUUACGUCGACGACACCACAGGCCAGACCGUCAAUAAGACGUAUCUGCUCGACAUCAACCCCCACCACAUCGAGCGCGACCGCGGUGACGGUAUGAACGUCAUCGACGCGCGCUGGGUCGACAUCUCCAACGGCAUGUUCGUUGACAUCACAGGUCUCGCCGAGCGCGAACCCGCCAAGCAGCCCGGCAUCUGGAGCUGCAAAAACUACCAUAAGUACCGGACUAGGGACCUGUACCCCAUGCGCGAGUCCGAGUUCGAGGGUGUCCCUGCCACGGUGCCGUACAGCUUCGACAGGAUCCUGACUGAGGAGUACGGAAUGAAGUCGCUCGUUACCACUGAGUGGCUAGGUCACAAAUGGGAGCCAGAGGCCAAGGAGUGGAUCAAAGUACAGACUCGCGACGAAGAGGAGAAGUAUGAGGAAAAGGCUGAGGAAAAGAAGGACUAGCGCGGGGUAGUGAGCAGACUCGCCGCCAAUCCCCGAGUCACGAAUCUCACGGUUUCGUCCGCUCUCGUUCGAGCGGCCCCUCUGUCCCCAGAACAGAGUUUUUCGGAUUGCGGUAGAGCAAAGCCGAGGUGGGCUCGGGGAGCAGCGUUGAAACCCCUCCCAAAUCGGAUUCGCGGAUUAUCAGCAGCGGACGAGCGACCCCUCUAAACAGUACCUACGGCCAACUAGCCACGACCAACCUAGACACCUGCCCAUCCAGGAAGCAUGUCGGCCAUUAUCCCAUGGGAAAUCCGACAUCUACAUCCUCGGCUUGUCAGCUCGUCUUGACGGGGCGAUGAUGCCAUCUCAGCUUUCAGUCGGCCCUCCCACGAGCCGUAUCGACCGAACCCAUUUGUCGAAUCAGGUGAUGGACAGGGUUGACGAUCGGUUAGCACCAAAUCGACGGACAAGAUAUUGUCCCGAGUCGGUUUCUUUUUGUCUGUUUUUUUUUUUUUUUUUGGAAGCGAAACCAAGAAGUCAAGAUCUCUACGGAGGGAAAACGAUCAUUUACCCUAGAUUCCAGAUGCAUUCGGAUUCGGCUUGAAGAGGAGUAAAUCAAAGAUUUCGAGCAAAGCAUGUGGAUGGCGUUUGGCUGUGUUUUAGGGGGCUUUUGUUUCGUCGUUUGACACCAAACCAGCUUAUAUUUGUCUCUUUUCUUCCUUUUGUCGAAGCAUCAAAACCUAGAAUUGCUACAGCAUAGCAUAAACAGCCUUUCUUUCCUUUGCUUCUUUCAAGCUUAACAACUUCUUCGUCCUUGUUUACGAACAUCCGCUUCUGGUCCUGAUGCCGUGCGCCUGGUUUGUUCGUUUUCUCUCCCAACCUGGCUUUUGUGAGCGCUCGCC